AUGUCCUCUCGAAAACUGCUACCGCUGCCGGCGCUCAAAGCAGACCAACUCUACCAUGCAGCGACCUGCCUCGGUCUCGCAACGACCGGUAUCAAGGCCAGCAUUGAGAACGCAAUCACACACUAUAUAGCCGAACGACGCCCUUUCGCCAAAGUACCCCGGAUCAUCAGCGUCGAUAUGGGAAUCAAAAAUCUCGGCUUAUGUGUGCUGGAAGCGCCGAGUCUGGUCGGCGAGCCGCGUACACGGGAUGGAAUCGCGAAAUCCACUGCCGUUAAAGUUCUUGCUUGGAAGAAGGUUGAUGUUCUGAGCCAGGUGGCUCCCAUGACGAUCACCACUCCAGCAAAGAUGAAGGGUCAGAGAGCAGCCCAAGUGGCCGACGCAUCCAUCUUCGGCCCCUCAAAGCUCAGUAAGACCGCACUAUCUAUCGCCCAAGAUCUGCUUCACACCUACCAACCCAGCCAUAUCCUCAUCGAGCGCCAACGUUUCCGCUCUGGCGGCGCAUCAGCCGUGCAAGAAUGGACGCUCCGCGUAAACAUGCUGGAAAGCAUGCUCUACGCCUGCUUCGAAACCAUGAAGUCCAACUCAAACCUCCCGUCAGUAUUCCCGGACACCGUCGAAAUGAGCCCAGCCCGCGUAGCCCGCUUCUGGUGCGGAGGCACUUCAGAAGCAGAAGGGACGGACGUUGAGGCCGCACUCUCUAGACCGCAGCUCAAAUCCAAAAUGCUGCUGUCGAAGCAAAGUGGCAAGAUUGCUGGACGAGACAAGCUGGCGAAGCAGAACAAGAUCGAUAAGAAUGUCAAGAUUGCCGUGGUGAAGGCAUGGCUCGCCGCUGCUGAGACGCCACUUCCGCCGCACUUGGAUGUGCAGCUGGAGUUUACAGAUGAGGCGCGACUUGUUGCCGAUGCGUUCGGAAGUGACACGAAGAAGACUAGAGGAGGAAGAAAGGAAGCUGCGCUCUCGACCGACAGCGGUCCGGUGAAGCUGGAUGACCUAGCAGACAGCCUACUACAAGGCCUAGCCUGGGUGCGAUGGGAAGAGAAUCGUCGAAAGUUAGCGGCCCUACUCCAGGAACCACAAGGAUAA